CUUAAAGGGGCGGCUGGCCUCGGGCUGCAGUCAGGCCGCCUUUGCACCAUGACCCCCCAGCUGCUUCCCCUGUUGUUGCUGCUCCUGGCCGGCCCCCCCGCCGCUCAGCCGGCUCCCCCGACCUGCUACUCCAGGAUGCUGGCCCUGAGCCGGGAGAUCACGGCUGACUCCCAGAGCCUGCAGGCCACGGCGCCUUCGGAGCCCUGUGUGAGAUACCUGCCCGGGUUGCACCUGGAUAUACACAAUUACUGCGUGCUGGCCAAGCUGCGGGACUUUGUGGCAUCGCCCCAGUGUUGGAAGGUGGCCCAGGUAGAUGCCUUGAAGGACAAAGUGCGGAAGCUGUACACCAUCAUGAACUCGUUCUGCAGGAGGGAUUUGGUGUUCCUGUCGGAUGACUGCAAUGCCUUGGAAUACCCAAUCCUAGUGACCACGGUCCUGCCAGAUCAUCAGAGCUAA